AAGCAGUUUUUAUUAGCUGUUGUUUUUGUGCUAGCCAAGAUCUCUCGUUAGCUAGCUGCUCUUCUAACUUAUCUGUGUUUCUGUGAUCGGAUUGUUUUGUUUUGUGACAGCUAACGGAAAUGAAGAAGUUUUUUGAAGAUAUUAAGAAAGAUAUUAAGUUUAAAUCUGCGGGGCCUGGGAAGAAAUUAACGGAAGCCAGCAGUUCCAAGGCCGAGGUGGUGCAGAGCAGCUGCGGGUCCAAGCAUAACCGCAAUGCUCCCAGCGAAGGAUCCCAGAGAGCCGGAGCAGCAGCUCUGGCCCGGAUAGAGCAGCACCCCCGACCAAAGGUCCACACCUCUCAGGACGCCAUUAGGAACCAGGUUAAGAGGGAACUGGAGACUGCGGCGCUGGCUGAUAAAGAAAGGUCCAACCCUGAGGAGGAAUCCAAAGUGGUGGAGAAAGACCUCUCCUGCUUGUCAGUGUCAGGUGUGUAUUUCACCUGUCCCCUAACUGGAGCCACUUUGACUAAGAGUGAGAGGGAAGUUCACAUCAAAGAGGCCAUCUUAAUGCGGUUUGAGGAGGACGCUGUGGAGGCGUCGGUUAUGAUGGUCCACACAUUCAACAAAGACAGAGAGAAAGUCAAGGCCGCCGUGGACAUCAUGAGCAAAUAUAUUGAGAAUAUAUGUAAGAAUCCCACAGAGGAGAAAUAUAGGAAGAUUAAACUCAGCAACAAGGUGUACCAAGAGAAGGUUCGCUGCGUCGACGGCUGCAGAGAGUUCCUGGAGGCCCUGGGCUUCACAAGCAUUCUGCUCCCUGUAGAGGGUCAAGAGGAGGAAGAGGAGUUCCUGGUCCUACUAGAGCACGGUCCCGAUGCCCUGGAGCUCAUGAAGGAGCGGAGGGACCGUCUGCAGAGAGGAGAGCCGGUCAGAGCUCAGCUGGACCGACAGCCUCAGGCCUUCAGAUCAUCUCCCCACGGGCAGCGCUUCGAGCUGCCGCCAGACUUCUACAACCUGACUGCAGAGGAGCUGAAGAGGGAGCAGCAGCAGAGGAGCGAGUCGGUGGAGAAGAACGCCAUGAUGCGCACUAAAGCCAUGAGGGAGAAGGAGGAGCAGAGGGAGAGAAGGAAGUACAACUACACUCUGCUCCGAAUCAGGUUGCCUGAUGGAAGUCUGCUACAAGGGACGUUUUACGCGUGGGACCGGCUCACCACGCUCUUCUGCUUUGUUCGGGACUCUUUGGUGGACGGCUGGCGUCCCUUUGAGCUCCUCGCUCCUGGAGGUCAGAAGCUCACAGAAUCUGAGGAAGUGGCCCUUGCAGAGUGUAACUUGGUUCCUGCGGCGCUGCUCACAUUCUCCUGGGAUGCAGCUGUGCAGGCAGAUAUAACUGCUGCAGGGGGGUCGAGCUCGGCAAUCCUCAAACCGGAGCUGCUGGAGACCCUUUGGACCCUGAGCUGAGCUCUGGUACUGCAGAGCUGAGCCCUCCAAUGUCCUUCAUUCCUUCCCUGUAGUUCUAGCAGAGCUCUUCAGCCCGAGAGGAGACGCUGUAGAGAACUCAACGAGCUCCAAUAUGGUUUUGUCGCCGAUGCGUUUUUGUUGUUGAGGCUCAAGUUGAAGACUUUAGCUUCUGGUUUGUUUGCUUCAAUAAAUAAGAACUUUAAAUGUGAUGCGUUUGUAUUGCAUACGAGCACAAAUGCAAU